UUUCCGCGCAUCAUUGUUGCGAAAAUACGAAAUGGCAGUAAUCAGCUACCGUAUUGUGACCAGGAAGUGAAUUAUGAAGAGCGGUGACCAUUCUUGAUUUGCUAUCUCGAACAAAUGGACGUAAUAUUACAUGAAGGAAAGUUGGCAAAUAUUGAGGCUGACGUCAUCGUCAACAGCGCCAAUCAGCGAUUAGCCCUGAAGCACGGGCGUAUCUCCGCAUCAAUUUUGAAAACAUCAGGGGAUGGGCUGCAAGAGGAGUGUUCUCGCCUCUACCCCAAUGGUAUACACUUCGGAGGUGUGGCUGCCACGAAUGGACAUGGGCUUAAGUGUCAACGCGUAUACCACGUUGCACUGCCUGACUGGGGAACACACUUUCUCGAUCCACAGCAGAUUCUCUGUGAUGUCGUUAGCAACUGCCUAAAUCAAGCAGACAAAGAAAAGAUGACGUCCAUAGCGUUCCCCACUCUCGGGUGCGGUUUCCUGAACUACCCUGCGGAUAUUGUCAUGGAAUCCAUAAGCUCGUGCGUUUCAAAAUUUGAAACCGAACACAAGCAGACGACUUUGACGAAGGUGAUCAUCGUCGUGUUUAACAAAGGCGGCGACUGGAGAAACAUCAAACAGGCUUUUUUGCGGAGUCAAAAGCGAACGAGGCAUACAAAAGACGCAAACAGACAGACGGGAAAGGCAGUUCCAGAUAUGUUAUCCACAUGUUACCGCCUGAAGUCGUCGAACGCUUGCGGAAAAAAUCUGCAGUGUGGUCACGCAUGCACGGGUUACAAGGACGAGGCAGUGUGUCCGCCUUGCCUGCAGGCGGCCUGCGCGUCACGGGCGGUGGGGCUCUCACAGACUGCGGAUGACGAUUGUGCUAUCUGCUACACGGAAGCUCUCCGUGAUGCACCCGUAAUACAGCUCACGUGUGGCCACGUGUUUCACCUCCAUUGCAUGGAACGAGUUCUCCAGAACGGAUGGGUGGGGCCUCGCAUUGUUUUCAACAGCAUGAUGUGCCCCUUGUGUAAGGCGCAGAUAUCCCACACAAAGCUGGCCCCUAUCCUCGCCCCGCUCGAGGCCCUUCUUGAAGACGUUAAGCGGAAGGCGCUAAUGAGGCUCGCGUAUGAGGAACAAGACAAGGCGGACCACCAAAACCCCGAACUGUAUGCCAUGGAGAAAUACAGCUACUAUCAAUGCUUUAAGUGUAAAAAGGCAUACUUUGGGGGAGCGGCCCAGUGCGAGGGCGCGGCGGCGGACAAAGAGAUUCAGGAAGAGGAACUCGUGUGUCCACCAUGCAGUGAUCCGCAGCGCGUUCAGCAAUGUGUGAAGCAUGGCGUUGAUUUUAUCGAGUAUAAAUGCCGCUACUGCUGUAGUGUAGCAUCAUUCUUCUGUUUCGGCACCACCCAUUUCUGCAACCUCUGCCACAAUAUGCCUCACAACAUGGCAGCUCUCCAGCCGCUUCCGCGGUGCCCGGCUGCUCCCCAGGGAAAACAGCUCCAGGGCGAUUGCCCGCUUGGAAUUAAACACCCAGCUACAGGCGAAGAGUUUUGUCUAGGUUGUGGACUAUGCUCAAAUUUACAAGAGUUUUAAUGAACAUAAUACAUCGUUUUAAGUGACUUCCUCAGUAUCAUAAAAACUGAAAAAUUAACAACAAUCUACAGCCGAGGAGUGUGAUCUACGCCCCUUGACUUUUUCCAGAGUUUUAGUGAACAUAGUACAUCGUUUUAAAGGACUUCCUUACUGUCAUUAGAACUGCAAAUUUAACAACAAGCUACAGCCGAGGAGUGUAGUCUACGCCGUUGACCUUUUUCAGAGUUUUAGUGAACAAAGCUCAUCGUUUUUUUAAAGUGACACUCUUAUUCAAAAUCAAUACUUUAACAUGUAUAACAAGCAUAAAUUUUGACUGAAAAACCUUAAACUACUUACUAAAUAAUACAUUUAUGGAAAAAUAUUAAUUACUGAUAACAAGUUUAUAUCUGUGUAUUUAAUAGCUGAAAGCGCUAAACGAUUUACUUAGGUCUACUAUAGUCUUAUAAGAUAGAAAUACCGUGUUUUACGCUCUUUUCUUUCAAAUUAAACUCGAUAUCCCUCAUAAGAACCAUUGUU